CGCACAGACAGAGAUAAGGCGAGGAGGAGCUCCACCACAGCACGCUCGUCCGCGUAAACGGGAGGCUGUUAGACGCACUUGGAUUACCGGGCAGUCAACUGUCACCGCUCAUAACAGCUACAGACCGGCGCCCUGCCCUGCGCUCCUCCACGGCGCGCACCGCCGGUCAUUAAUUCAUCUCAUAAAAAAGGCAGACACCUGGGAGAAGACGCAGCAGUAGUAGCAUUUGAUUAAUUUUUUUAUUGUGGGUUUUAUCUCCGUGGAUGCAAAUAAUAAUAAUAAUAAUAAUAAUAAAAAGUUUUAUUAACGCGGAGUCCUACAUAGGAGCCAGUCUCCGAGGAAGGACAAACAUCGGGUUUCCCUGAACCUCUUCAGCAUCUGUUUCUUUCAACCAGGGCUGCAGUUUCUAAAAAAAAAAUCUCUUCAAGUAUAAGAUUUACCUGUGACAGGAAGAUAUGAUGUUAGUGGGCUCCCUCUGGAUCCUUUGGAUCCACUGGUUUCUCCUUGUGUGCAGGGUGACCUCAGACGCUGAUUCAAUAUCUGACACAUUGCUCAGGCCUGAAUAUAGCAUGACAGAGGAACCCAUGGUGAGCCAGGCUCAAUACAAAUGUCUUGAGAUGUCCAACAAAGACCACCAAGGAAACAGAACCGGAGUGUUCUGUAGACCUAUAUGGGAUGGCUUGUUAUGCUGGGAUGAGACACCGACUGGGACAUCUGUAACACAAAACUGUCCAGAUCACUCUGACCUGGAUCCAGCUGAGAAAGUUACCAAGUAUUGCGAUGAAUUGGGUAACUGGAUCCAGACGGGCUCAACAUGUCAACCAUCUUCAAAGAAUAAAUUUGAGAUGGAAGUCCUCCAUUUUUUAAGGGAUGCGGCGGGAGAGCCCACCACAGAGGCCAUUGGCAUUAACACAGAAAAAGGCAGUGUUAUGGCAAUCGUUGUGAAUGAAAAGACAUGUGCUGAGAAAAUUAAGCAAGAUCCACCUUAUAACAAAUCAGGUCUUUACUGCAAUCGUGACUGGGAUGGCUGGCUAUGCUGGGGCGACACUCCAGCAGGAACCUAUGCCUCCCAAAACUGCCCUGAAUAUUUUAGUGACUUUGACCCUACAGAAAAGGCAACUAGGUACUGUGGAGAAGAUGGUCAGUGGUUCCACCACCCAGAGACCAGCAGGAUUUGGACCAACUAUACACUCUGUGCAACCACCCAUGAGAAGAGGCUGAGGAAGCUGAAAAUCCUUGUCAAUGAAGACAAGUGCCUCAGGAAAAUAAAUCACGAUCCACCACUCAACAAAUCAGCAGGUUUGUACUGCAGUCGUAACUGGGAUGGCUGGCUGUGCUGGGAUGAUACUCCAGCAGGAAACUACUCUUCCCAAAACUGCCCUGAUUAUUUUUCUAACUUCGACCCAACAGAAAAGGCAACUAAGUACUGUGGAGAAGACGGGCAGUGGUUUCGGCAUCCAGAGAGCGGCAAGACAUGGACCAACUACACACUAUGUGCUUUCAACACUAUGGAGAAGUCAAAGCACUCAGAGGGCGUUGAGGAAGACCCAGUGGACGAGGUCACGGUCAGUCCCAUGGUUAACCCAGAAGAGCAGGAAAUUGAGAGGAAGAAAAUUCUUGACAGCCAGUACAAAUGCUUCGAGAAAAUGAAUCGAGAUCCACCUUACAACAAAUCAGGGCUGCACUGCAAGCGAAAUUGGGAUGGAUGGCUGUGUUGGGACGACACUCCAGCAGGGACAUACACAUCUCAAAACUGCCCCAAUUAUUUCAUGGACUUCGACCCCACAGAAAAGGCCACUAAGUAUUGUGGGGAGGACGGGCAGUGGUUUCGCCACCCGGAUACCAACAGGACUUGGUCCAACUACACACUCUGCAAUGAAAACACUACAGCAAAGCUGAAGUCAGUGUACAUCCUCUUUUACAUGGCCAUUGUGGGUCACGGUUUAUCCAUAGCCUCCCUGCUCAUCUCUCUGGCCAUCUUCUUCUACUUCAGGAGCCUGAGCUGCCAAAGGAUCACCCUACACAAGAAUCUCUUCUGCUCCUAUGUGCUCAAUUCAGCCCUCACCAUAAUCUACCUCGUAGCAGUGGUCAGCAAGCCUGAAGUGGUGAGCAGAAACCCGGUUGGCUGUAAAGUGUUGCACUUUUUCCACAUGUACAUGCUGGGUUGCAAUUAUUUCUGGAUGCUCUGUGAAGGCAUAUACCUGCACACUCUCAUUGUGGUGGCUGUGUUUGCAGAGGAGCAGCACCUGCACUGGUACUACCUCCUGGGCUGGGGCUUUCCUCUUGUGCCCGCAUCCAUCCACGCUGUGGCAAGGAAAAAGUAUUUCGAUGACAACUGUUGGAUGAGUGUGGAAACCCAUCUGCUCUUCGCAGUCCAUGGUCCUAUACUGGCAGCGCUUCUUGUGAACCUUUUCUUUUUACUAAAUAUUAUAAGAGUGUUGGUGACUAAGUUGAGAGACACACACCGGGCAGAGUCCAACAUGUACAUGAAGGCAGUGAGAGCCACCCUGAUCCUGGUGCCCCUGCUUGGAAUACAGUUUGUCAUUUUCCCUUGGAGGCCAGAGAACCGGCUAGCUGGGGAGGUCUACGAGUACGUCAUGCACAUACUCAUGCACUACCAGGGGUUACUGGUGGCAACAAUAUUCUGCUUCUUCAAUGGAGAGGUGCAGGCAGCUCUAAAAAGACAGUGGAUGCAGUACAAAACCCAGUGGGGUCAGAGACGAAAGGACCACUGCUCAAUGCGCUCAACGUCCUACACAGCCACCUCCAUCACCGAGGUGCCCGCCUUCAUGUACCACCAUGACUGCAACAGCGAACACUUGAACGGGCGCCACACGGAGGACUCUGAACUGGUAGCACUAAAAUCAGGAGAAACAUAUGCAUGAGCCACUCAGUCACAUGGAAGACAAAGAGCGUAGUGGUGGGAACAGCCGAAGAAGAGUAACAGAGCAACGGACAUGUACAAUAUGAAAGGAAUCCAGUCUUGCCCACCAUAUCUCAGUGAUAAAAUCUCAGAGGCUGGUUUGUUCAGCACAGGACGAUAAUACGGGUCUGGAAAUAAAGAGCUCAUUGGGUCGAAGAUGAACUAGCUACAGAAGGCUAAUAUUUUACUUUACAUUGCUGUUGCGGCUGCUUUUUGAGAACUUUCGAUGUCAAGAACUUGUGGCAUGAGACAAGAGCUACUUUUUGACAUGUGUCACUUCUUAAAGCUGCUAAACUGUGAGAGACACUCACAGUGACGGAAGCCUGUGCCGGCGUGGAGUCAGGGGUAACUGUGAUCGUGAUGUCUGUUUCGAGAUGAUGAUGCUGCUGAAUGUGACUGUGGUGAUGACGCUGGUUCUGAUUGACACGAGGUGGAGGUCGAUAAGAGUUUUGAUGGUGUCACGAUGAUGAUUUUUAAGGUGAAGUAGAAGAACCAAUCCUUCCUUACCUCACCGAAACCAAAGGGUCCUGUAUGUUGGUCUUAGCUAUGAAGGGGCGUACCGUUUCCACACACACACACACCCACACACACACACACACACACACACACACACUUAAAAAACUUCACAAACUUGAUCAUAUGUGCCAUGAUAGAGGUUCAAAUUUCAAAUACCCUCUGUGCUUGAAGCUCUGGAAUUGUGUACAUAACGUAUGUUCACCAUGUUUCAUUUUGAAAAAAAAAAAAAAAAAAAAAAGAUGUUCAAAUGUUUUAAAGGAUUUUAUUUUUAUUUUCUAUUAAUAUUUUAUUCUUGCCAAUUCCUAAGUAUGUGCUACGUGUGUGUCCUGUGAUGCUGCACUCCUGACUGCUUUGUUGUUUUGCAGUUGCUGUAUUUGUGCUGAUGCUCAACAUCACAGGGCUGAAAAGCAAAAAGAAGAAGCUAA